AAGUCUAGUUCUAGGCAGUGGGAGAGCAAAGAGUGCUGAGUGGAGCAUCAAAUAGAGGACAGGAAGAGCAGUGAAACUCUGUGUUACAAAAUCUUCCACAAGCCAGGACGGGACAAGAAAGUCGUGAUGAAGCUCUUUUGCCUGUUGCUGCUGCUAGUCAUUUCUGCUGCUUCUAUCCCUCUGGAAACCUCAGGUAGAGCAGAGUACACCACCCUUUCCUCCCGGGGCUAUACCACAGACCCAAGCCCAACCGAGGCAAAGUCUCGCUUCGCCAUGCUGGAUGACGUGCGUCUACUUGCGAACGGCCUCCUUCAGCUAGGCCAGAGUUUACGGGAGUUCGUCCACAAGACCAAAGCCCAAAUCAACGACAUCUUCCAGAAGUUGAACAUUUUCGACCGCUCUUUCUACCAGCUCUCGGUGGUCACGUCGGAGAUCAAGGAGGAAGAGGAGGAGCUGAAGAAGACCACCAGUUUCUUGAAAACCAACAAUGAAGAGAUCAGGAACCUGUCGCUUGAAAUAAACUCCAAAAUCAACGGCAUCCUGCAGGAGCGUACACAGCUGCAGAGCAAGGUGGGGAACCUGGAGGAGCGGCUGAAGGGACUGUCAGAGAGCUUGAUCCCUGCUGAACAGCUCGGAGAAAUCUCAACCCUUAAGGAGGUGAUCGAUGCUCAAGAAAAGACAAUCACCAGUCUCCUGAAUGCUGUGAGGGAGCAGCACGAGCAGCUCGACCACCAGAAUAUGAAGAUCAAAAAUCUAGAGAAGCUAACUUCUGACAGCUUUCAAGACACCGUCGACAAGCCAAUUAAUUCAGAUUCUGCAGCUUCGGACAUGUUUGAAUAUUUGACAGGAAACACAACUGGUCUAGACACAAAUGACCUCCCCACAGACUGCAGUGACCUGUUCAACAAAGGAGAGACAAACAGUGGAAUCUAUGUUAUCAAGCCAAACCAAUCUGAGCCAUUCAACGUGUACUGUGAAAUGGGCUUAGAUGGAGGUUCGACUGUCGUCCAACGCAGGGUUGAUGGGUCAGUGGACUUUGACCAGACAUGGGACAAGUAUGAGAAAGGCUUUGGAGAUGUGGAAAAGGACUUCUGGUUGGGCCUGAAGAAGAUCCACAGCUUGACAAAGCAGGGAGUUUACAUCCUGCGUAUCGAUGUGGAAGACUGGAAGGAGGAGAAGCACUGGGCUGAGUACCGCUUCUCACUGGAGGGUCCUUCCAAAGACUACACCAUUCAUGUCAGCCACUUCUCUGGUGACCUGUCUGAUGCCAUGGCCAACAGCACCGGCAUGAGAUUCUUCACAAAAGACAGAAACAAUGACAACCACAGAAACUCCAACUGUGCUCGCAGUUAUGCAGGUGGUUGGUGGUACAAUGUCUGUGGAGAGACCAACCUCAAUGGACGGUAUUUGUGGUUGAGGGCCAAGGGGCGUUCAAUGAGAAGAAAAGGUAUUUACUGGAAGCCUGGAACAGGGCCCUCAUACUCCCUCAAGACAGCCAAGAUCACCUUAAAACCAGCCCUUACUUUUCAGAGCUUCAACUGAAACUAAAGAGUCAACACCAACACUUCUGCCAUCGUCAACAAACAUGCUCAGCAAGAGAACUAACAGAUGCAUGAUCCAUGUACCGUAUAUGAUGACAAAUUCUUCAUUUAUUUGCCACAUUAAGCUGACUGCUUCCUACCCCAGUUUUUGAAGUUGGUGCUGACCGAGCAAAAACAGGCCAAAAAUGUCACAAGUCAGAAAAUGCUGAACAUGCAAUGAUGCAACACUGCCACCCUGCCACGAGGGUCGUUAACCUAUUGGGUCUGAUCCAGUGGGGACAGUAGAUUUGGCAUUAUGCAACAUCUGCUAUCACUUGCAAAAUGGACGUAUUGAUCCACAUCAGCAAACUGACUCAGUGCUGGCCGGAAAAUGUGACAGUACAACAGCCGAGAGAGGAAAAACCAUGAGGGGUGAUUAGGAAGGAAGUCCAAACUGAGAUUUCUUACCUGUGGUGAAAUAUUUUCUGUCGAUUUUAAUGUAUUUUACUGCAUCUGUGUCAACUAAGCUAUUUAAAAUGUAUUUUAUCUUGUGGUGUAAAAUACUUGCAUGUUGUCCUGGAGCUACAGACACCCAAACAAGUUGUUACAUAAAAGGCAUGCAUUAUACAAGUCAAGGUUUAAAGACACGCUGCAUCUUCAACAUCUCAAGAAGUACAUACUGGUUCAUUCUCUCCAGUAAAGGCUUUAUAUUUGUCCUGGUAUUUUACACUGCUUCAGCCCUAGUUUCAUAGGAAAUAAUCUUUUAUGUCAGCAGACUGACCGCACAAAAAAUUGGAGGUUCAUAGCUUUAGCAGCGCACUGAUAUGGUUUCUCUCUGUUUUUUUGUGCUUUUUUUACUCUGAGGUAUUUAAACCAUGUUCAUGCUAACCUGGUAUUCUUUUGCAAAUCUAAUUUCUAUGUAUGUCCUAAGUUACUGAGUCAUAUUGACUCUUGCACAUCACUACAUUGUAACUGUACUGUAAAUGUGCCUCAUACAAACACCGUAACCUGACAAGUAGCUAUGUGCUCUAAAAAUGAUGUAUUUAUGAAAACCAAAUAAAUUCUUGAACCAUGAAACGUGA